UAUGCCUCAGCAUACACGUAGAAGUCGGAGGACAACCUUGUAGAGUCGAUUCUCAUCUUCCACUUUUAUGUGGGUUCUGGGGGAUUGUGUGGCAAGCACCUAUCCUGGCUCAGCAUCAUUUGUUAAGGAUAGCUUUGGGGGGGUUCUAUAUAGUAAACAUAUAUAGAUGGGUGGAAAGACACAGUAUAGGAAGGUGGAGCGAUGCUCAGUGGUUAAGAGUAUAUGCUGUUCAUGCAGAGGCUUAGUCUUAGUGUCCACAUGGUGGCUCCAUGUAACUUCAGUUCCAGGGGAUAUGAUACCUUCUAACUUCGAUGGACACCAGGCACACAGCAGGUGCACAUACACACAAGCAGCCAAACACUCAUACAUAUUGGCAAAAAAAAAAAAACCCCAAAAAACAAAAAACAACAACAACAAAAAACCAAACCAAAAAACCCACAAACAAACAAACAAACAAACAAACCCUUCACUUUCAGAAACAGGAAAGUCGUUUUGAAAAGAUUUUGGGCAGAGCAACAGAAGAAAAUGCCAGAUGAGAUCACAUGACGCCAGAGAAUGUGUAUACUGAUCAGAAUACGUUGUGACACCACUCACUGUUAUACAUACCUAUUACACCAGACAAACACGUCUGUUUUCCAAGUCAGAAACAGAAAGAAACCUCUAGACAGAUCACUCACUUAUGGUAAUGUAUAGCUUAAAAUGCAUGUCUGUUAGUUAAUGUAAAAAAAUUCAACUCUUUUAGCUAUUUAUGACAUAUAAAACAUAAAAUUCAGACAUUGAAUGUGUGCAAUUGAAAGUUAAUUUUAUAGUUUAAGUUUUAAAUGUGUUGUUUUAAGGUAAUACAUUCUGGGGUAAUCAAGCAGUAAUAUACAAAGAUAGCAAACUAGAAUUUAAGAUCUUGUUACUAUCUUUUGUUUACUAUCUUUUGUUUAAGUGUGUAUGUGUGCAGGCAUGACACAUGUCAAGGUCAGAGAACAACUUGUGAGUGAAGAGAGUUCUCUCUUCCACUCUGUGGAUCCUGAGGCUAGAACUCUUGUGGCAAGCACCCUUACCUGCUGAGCCAGCUCACCCACCCAACCAGCUAGGAUUUAAAAAUAACCAACACAAAUAAAGGCAUUAAAGGGGCUACUGGAAAAAACAGAAUAGGUGAGACAAGUUUUGAACUUUCAGUGUUUAAGUCAGAAAAGAGAUUAUUUCCUAUUUUCAAAAUAAUAAUUAUUUUUACAAUGAAGUAGUGUACUUCAGCAAAACAGUACACGAUGUGCUACUUUGGCCUCUUGGGAAAUGUGGCAUGUUAAUCAAGUUUGUUAGAAAGAGAUACUGAUCACUUUUAGUCACAGUCUCUUGAAAAGUUCAUCAGGAUAUUCAUUUAGAGAGAAGUGGCGAUGUGGGGGUGGGGGAUGGGCUUCGGUGGUGGAGCUAGAGACAGGGGAAGCAAAGAGAUCUGUUAAGAUCAGAAAUGGUUAACGGUUGUCUUAAUUUUUAACUGGUCGUAGAACCAGUGGCUUCAACUGUGUAUUUGUCAUCUACAGCUCUCUUACAGAGAUAUAUAAUAAAUUUACAAAAGUCUUACAGUGUAUUUCCAUUUUCUUAAAUCAAGUAAGGGUAGUAUUUAAAAGCCAUGACCUAGAAUUCUAGAGCAGAUUUGUAAAACAAACAGACCCCUCCUCAAGGAACAACUGAAAUUGGUGCCUUCUGUAUAUUCCUUCUUGCCUAUUUUGAUGCAAAACAAACCCGCUUUUUUAGCUCGUACUUUUCUACCUUUGGUGAAGAUAAUGCCAUUUUCGAUGACUCUUUCCAUCUCUGGGAAAUUUGCAUGUGAAACAUGUAAUUUGCAUGCGAUAAGCUAAGUGGAACCGUGACGCAAUGAUUCAUUGCAAAUUGCCUUAUAAAAAAUGAUUGCCAUUUGGCGUCCACCUAGUCACUUUUAUAACAGGUACCAUUGGCAAAACUCCCCUCAUCCGACGGUGUGCAAGAUGCAAAAAUGGAAUUUUCCAGGUUUCCUAGCCCUCAACUUGCGCACUGUGUGUUCGCUGCAGCGCCACGGGGCCCACCUCCGGGCCAGGCGGAGUGACCCUGCUGCAGGGGUGGAAGUGCACGGCCGAGUCUCUCCAGCCUCGACGGCAGGGCUCUGAGGGUCAACCUCAGCGGAUCCCUCCUGCAGAGCCCCUCUACCUCCUUUCUCUCUGGCCCCGGCCCCGCCGCGUCACCCCCCAACCCCACUACAGUAGCAGGCCCGCCUCUGGGGCAAGGCGCGCAGCUGGCGUGGGACAACCCUCCCUCUACCCGGUUCCCACACCGGCUCCCGUUCCGUGGCGCCGGAAGUGACGCGCCUGGGCUGAAAGAUGGCGGCAUUGGCGUUCAACCAGGGGGAAGGACUGUUUCUCGGGGGGCCUCGGGCUUGCGAGCUCGCCCGGCGCCGGAGCGCUCCGGCCCGGCCAGGGAGCGGCCCCUUGUAGAGGUUCGAGGAGCUAUCGCGGUCCAUCCCGGCGCCCGACCCUCCCACCGUUCGGCCACUGGCCCACUUCUUCCUGAUGCAGACUGCCGUCCACUAGAGGCUGGACAGGACCCCCGAGUGUCCAGGUUAUGGAUUGAGAACAAGUUGCUUUUGUUUCACGUGUUCAUUUGUGAUUCAUGGCAGGGGACGUGGAAGGAUUCUGUUCCUCCAUCCAUGACACCAGUGUCUCUGCUGGGUUCAGAGCACUGUAUGAGGAGGGAUUGCUUCUCGAUGUCACUCUGGUUAUUGAAGACCAUCAGUUCCAGGCCCAUAAAGCUCUCUUGGCCACCCAGAGUGAUUACUUCAGAAUUAUGUUCACAGCAGACAUGAGGGAACGAGAUCAGGACAAAAUUCAUUUGAAAGGUCUAACAGCUACUGGUUUCAGCCACGUUCUUCAGUUUAUGUAUUAUGGAACUAUAGAACUAAGUAUGAACACUGUACAUGAAAUCCUUCAGGCAGCAAUGUAUGUUCAGCUUAUAGAAGUGGUGAAAUUCUGCUGCUCCUUUCUCUUAGCCAAAAUCUGCUUAGAAAAUUGUGCGGAAAUUAUGAGACUGUUAGAUGAUUUCGGUGUUAACAUCGAGGGAGUCAGGGAGAAGCUGGAUGCCUUCCUGCUAGACAACUUCGUGCCACUAAUGUCCAGGCCUGACUUUUUGUCUUAUCUGAGCUUCGAGAAGCUCAUGUCUUAUUUGGAUAAUGACCAUCUGAGCAGGUUUCCAGAAAUUGAGCUGUACGAGGCUGUGCAGUCUUGGCUGCGACAUGAUAGACGACGGUGGAGACACACAGAUACCAUCAUUCAGAACAUCAGGUUUUGUCUGAUGACUCCAUCCAGCGUCUUUGAGAAGGUUAAAACAUCAGAAUUUUAUAGAUACUCCCGACAGCUCCGAUAUGAAGUUGACCAAGCAUUGAAUUACUUCCAAAAUGUUCACCAGCAGCCCUUGUUGGACAUGAAAUCAAGCCGUAUUCGUUCUGCCAAACCCCAAACUACAGUAUUCCGAGGAAUGAUUGGACAUAGCAUGGUUAAUAGCAAAAUACUUCUGUUAAAAAAACCAAGAGUCUGGUGGGAACUGGAGGGCCCCCAAGUACCUCUAAGGCCAGACUGCCUUGCUAUUGUCAAUAAUUUUGUAUUCCUGCUAGGUGGAGAAGAACUGGGCCCUGAUGGUGAAUUCCAUGCCUCUUCGAAAGUGUUCAGGUAUGAUCCAAGACAAAAUUCUUGGCUGCGUAUGGCAGACAUGUCUGUACCCCGUUCAGAAUUUGCUGUUGGUGUUAUUGGAAAGUUUAUUUAUGCUGUAGCAGGCAGAACAAGAGAUGAAACUUUCUACUCAACAGAAAGAUAUGAUAUCACUAAUGAUAAAUGGGAAUUUGUAGAUCCUUAUCCAGUUAACAAAUAUGGACAUGAGGGGACAGUGCUCAAUAACAAGUUGUUUAUCACUGGAGGAAUUACUUCAUCUUCCACAUCUAAACAGGUGUGUGUGUUUGACCCCAGUAAAGAAGGGACUAUAGAGCAGCGGACCAGGAGAACGCAAGUAGUCACCAACUGCUGGGAGAAUAAGAGCAAGAUGAAUUAUGCCAGAUGUUUUCACAAGAUGAUCUCUUACAACGGCAAGCUUUAUGUCUUUGGUGGUGUCUGUGUGAUCUUGAGGGCCUCUUUUGAAUCUCAGGGCUGCCCUUCCACAGAGGUGUACAACCCAGAUACCGAUCAGUGGACCAUCUUGGCCUCCAUGCCAAUUGGUAGAAGUGGUCAUGGUGUGACUGUGCUGGACAAACAGAUAAUGGUCCUUGGAGGCCUUUGUUAUAAUGGUCAUUACAGUGAUUCCAUUCUCACCUUUGACCCAGAUGAAAAUAAGUGGAAAGAAGAUGAGUACCCUCGGAUGCCCUGCAAGCUGGAUGGUUUACAGGUGUGCAACCUACAUUUUCCGGACUAUGUACUGGAUGAGGUUAGGCGUUGCAACUGAUGACAUUUCUUCCUAAAAAGGAAAAGGCAAAUAAAGCAUUUGUGAUACAGUAGUUUAAAAGCAUAAAGAAAACCUCACCAGUUUUCCUAUCAAAGCCAUUGGUCUAAUAUUGUAAGUUUUCAUUCUGUGCUAGCAUCUUUCUUUUCCUUACAGUGGCCUCAGAUUCAUGCAAUAAGUUCAUUUGAAGCACUAGCUCUUGAAACUACUUCCAAAAGCAGUUUAUACACUGCUCCACUUACCUGGGAAGUUGAUUUUCUGCUUUAAACACUUCUUUCAGAUGUUAGUGUAGGAUUUGUGCAUCGUCUAAGAGAAGACCCAGUAAGUGUCACUGGAUAUGAUUUCAGUCCCUCUAUUUGAACUCUUUGGAAAUUAUUUUAGUCUGCUAUAUGUUUUGGUUUAUUAUUUAAAAGUUUAAAACUCUUGACCUUUUUGCAUGGCUUUUUGCUGAAAAUGCAAAAAUUUAAAUUUUCUACAAAGUUUUUUAUAUCAGAACACUAUUUCUAAGCUGCCUUCUCUUAUGUGCAUUGCGUUAGUGAAAGCAUACCCACACUCAUAUACAUCCUAUAAAUAUAUAAGGCACACUCCUUUUAUGCGUGGUUAGGAUUCUAUAUUUUUAAGCUAGUGCACUUGCACAGACAGUUCGCCAUACUUGUUGAAAUUUAGAUGUAAUGUCUUUAAUGUAUUAAUGUUUUUAGAAAGUUAAAAUAACUGGAGUCCUCAUUUGGUAUCAGAGUAGUCUAUCGUCAGUCCAUACUGGUUCAGUAAAAUUUGAACUCAUAGUUCUGAAACAUGUAUGGCUUUACAAAAACUGUUUGGCAUUUUGUUUUCAAAACUAAACAUUAAUAUUUCAUGUCAAUGUAGGCUUUUUCUUGUUUAAAAAUGUUUUUCUUUGCAGACCAUUUAAUGUUGGUUGCCCUGUUUUAAUAAGAAUCGGAGUGGUCUGUGUCAAGCUCUGACCCUGCAUCAUGCACGCACUUUUAAAGACAAGUUAGGUAAUACCACACUCCUAAGUAAAAGCCCUGAAAAGGAAGUGCGGCUCCCAUUGUUUCUCUCCAGGCUGCUGCAGGUGUUGAGUGUGGGCCAGCAACUCUUCCAGUGUGAGCUCAGCUUUGACUGAGAGGUAAGGAAUGAGUUAUACUGUGUUACUCAUUCCUUACCUCACCGUCAAAGGAACUGACUUUGGGUGUAACGGCUUGUUCAGUUUGUACAAAAAUAGUCUUUGGCACUAGAGAGAUGUCAACCCUCAAUGUGGGUUUUUGAUUUUUGUUUUUUUUUUUUUUUUGUUUUGUUUUGUUUUUUUUUUUUUUUUUUUAGUUUUUGGAAGCUACUAGCAUGAAGGAUAGUCACCAGAAAGUUUGGAAUGAGUCUUACAUAGUUGUUUUAAAGGCAUUUAUAAUAAUAAAUGGUUUAGGAUUAGCUGUACACUUCAACUCUUUAAAUGCAAAGGAAGGAAAUAUAGCUGAAAAAAGUAAACAAGAAUGAUCUGUAAGUGGAUCGCUCAAAUUGAUGCGCUUGAUGGCCCUUUCUCGUGAGUAGUCUGUAUGUGAGGAAAGCUAACACUGGCAUAGCUUGCCAGAUCUCUGAUUUUGGUGCAAUAUUGCAAUGCCUUCUAUAUGGCUGCUAUUGUAUAAAUUUUUCUAGUUACUUUGUUUUGUUUUAUUUUUGCUGCUGGCACCAUUGACUAUAGAAUGGAAGUGUGAAAUGAUAGAAAUGUGAAGAUUUUGGUUUCUUCUUCUCCCCCUCUUUCCACACUGCAGUUCAUAGUGUGAGCAAAGCCUGAUUUUCAAAACUGUAAAACCAGAGGUGUUAGAGUUUUAGAAAGUGUCAGGUAUACAAGUAGCUUUUAAAAAGGAAAACCUUUUCUUCCCUUCAGGAGUCAAAAUAAUGGCUUCUUUUACUUAUGAUUCUUCCAUUUUUCAUUAGGUGGCCUUUCAUUUAUUUCUGAUUUCUGAAAAUAAAAUUUGUUAUUUGAGUUUCCCUUAGAAUGUGGGUAAAAAGUUUUUUAUUUUAAAAAUAAGUUUAUUUUGCUUUUGGAAACUAUAAAUUAGGUUAGCCAUUUUGUUUUUUAAUAUACUUAGUAGUUUAUAUGUGUUGCUUUAAAUAAAAUAAUAUCUUCAUUAUUUGCCUUGAUAUCUUUUGCUGGAAACGACCAAGAAGAGGCCAUGAGACAGGGUACCCAUAUCAAAGGCUUUAUAUUCCAGGGGCAGUUCUCUGUAAUUGCUUUGUUACAACUUCAUAGUCCUGUGUAGGUUAACAUCUGCACAAACAAUUGAAUAUUCUUGCUCUUCCAUUUUGAAGAUACAAGGCCAAGGUCAACGAUUGUUUCAGAAAAUUCAUGAAAUCUUAACUUGAACUAAUUCUGGGUUCAGCUUCAAGUAAGUCAUGUCUGACUAUAAUCUUAGCAGUAAUCAGUUUUGAGCUUUAAGACUAGUUGCUAUUGCUUGGGUUCAGAAUGUAUGAGGAAACUGUAGUUCUAAUUUAGAUUAUAAAUCCACAAAUAACUUUACAUUCCCUUUUAAAAUUAUGGUUUAAUAGCUGCAAGAGAUUUAUUUUUGUUAUACUAAACUAUGGAGAAUUUCUCAUAGAGUUUUUUCAAGCUUUUCUGUGUUUCAUUUGGAACUGCUUUGUCUGUAUGCAUUGUAUAUGACCAAGGUUGUCAUUCUGGAAAAACUCAGUAAGUGGUUAGAAACGAUAUGGUUUAACUGUUGGGAUCUUUAAACUGUCACCCUUUAUUUCACAUUUUAAAAACUAGACUUCACAAAAAGUAGCUGAUUUUUUAAAAUGGUAUUUUACCUGGCACCACUUAUUAUUUUUUACAUGUCUUUGACCUUCCAAGUUUUGAUGUUAAAGAAAAUCCUUGCACUACAGGCUUUUCAUAAAAUACAAGAUUCUCACAUUGAAGGUUUUGUAUUGGAAGAAAUGCUACUGGUUUCUAAAAGGCAAAAAAUUAUAGAAUGAUUAGCAUUUCUUGAUAGCUUUUCCUGUGUCGUCCUCAUUGCUUUGCUUUGUGUGUUACUCUAAUUAUGAAUACUUACUGAGCCCUUCACAUAUCUUUUUUUAAAGCAGCACCUUUGGACACCUCAUUCUGGGAAGCUCGCUUGAAUUACAGUAAAGAACACACACACUUGUGUGGGAAGAAGUAAAAUGGAGAGUUUUGUCUUAAUUACAUGAAACUAAGCUUUAAAAUAUUUUAUAACAAAUUAUUUGAGCUGCAUAAUCUAAACAUGUCAAACGUUUUGUGGGACUAUUUUUAUAUAUGUAUAUGUGGGUGUAGGUUAUAACAUUUCAGUUUAUAAUAUAAAUUGUUAUUUCAGUUUAUAAGCUAUCUCUCAAAAGAGACUAGCUCUCUUGAGAAUACAUAAUUUAAAGUUUUAGACUGAAGUAAAACAACAUAGACAAUAGUGUAAAUUAGAAAUAUUGGAGGGCUAUAGAGCAGUGAAACUGCUAGUGCCAGUUUUCUUGUUUGUCUACCAUGUUUUCAGUUCUUGUUUUGUUUUGUUUUUGUAUUCUAAACAUUUUGACUGCUCACACAUUUGUUUAAUUACAUUUAGAGUUGGUUUGGGAAUAAAUAUCUUCUAAAAAGAGAUUUAUCUUAAAAAAUAAAUCCCCCUCUAGUUAGUUUCUAAGAGUUUAUGACUUCAAACACCCUAUAGGCAUAGACAGGAGUAGGUCAUUCAUGGGAGUCCCAUCCUUUCCUUGGAUUGGCAUAACUCCCACUAUUAUAUUAUAGCCUUGAGAACGCCAGCGCCUCUGUUGUGUCCUAAAAUAUAUUUGGGUUUUCUUUUGACUUCUUUGGGAACAGCUGCAUUAAAAGUUACUAAUCAGUAUAUCCUUAAGGACUGGGUGUUUACCUUUUGAAGGAAUGUUCUGAAGAGGUGACCAGAAAGGUUCUCUUUUCUUUCUGUUUCUUUUCUUUUCCUUCCUUUUCUUCUUUUCCUUUCUUUUCUUUAACCUAACUUGUAUAUGCCCUAUGCUCUUGGGCAUACUUUGUCGAUAGAAAAAUAUUUUGACCUUUAGGUACCUUUGGGGCCAGUAGUCAAAUAAUCCUAGGGCCGAUAUUAAAGUCUCAGAAUGAUUUAAGGUUUGCCUUUUAUACAUGUUUUGAAAACCUUUACAUUUUUUGUCAGGUAAUUUUUUUUCCCAAGCCGUGGAUAUAAUCUAUUCAACAUGUUUAUGCUAUCCAUUCUGUUUUUAAAUUGAAAAAAAGUUAAAAGUGUUUAUGAAGAAAAGUUUAAAUAAAAUAUUUUUAAUCUUUAAAA